AAUAUACAUUUUUUUAACUCUUCAAUUUCUCUAUUUUCUUUAUUUAUCACUUUCUUCUCAAAACGAAACAUACUCUUGGUGUAAUUGUUACACCGCUCAGUGCCGGAGCUCCUCCGAUACCCGCCCUUGACGACGGCCGACCCACAAACGUCAUCUUCAGAGUCGUGCCUUUUCAGGGUAACUUCUUAUCAUUCUCCAUGAGGCUCUAUGAUGAAUUCAAAGAGAUAUUAAAGAUUCAGAAGCUUCGAAGAUCCGUAUCUUUUGCUGGGUUCUACGGCUUCACCACACUUAUCAUCUAUGCUUAUGUUAACAAUACAACUAGGGCUGGGUAUUCUAGAGCUGAUCAAUACUAUGCAUCAUACCCAGCUGGUACCGAGCUCUUAACCGAUACUUCCAAGUUAUACAAAGCUGCUCUUGGAAACUGCUUUGAAUCUGAAGAGUGGGGCUCGUUUGAGUUUUGUGUCAUGCAAAAACACUUUGAGCGUCAAGGGAAGUCACCAUAUGCAUAUCAUGCUCAAUACAUGGCACACCUCCUUUCUCAUGGACAGCUUGAUGGAAGUGGGUAACCAAUACACCAUAUGAAGUAAUGACAAAGUCAAAAGUUUAGAAUAUAAGAAAACAUGUUAACCCAAAUGAAAAAACUUCAGGUUUGAGUUUGUCAUGUUUUGAAAUGCUUUAUAUUCUAUACCCCUUGUUUUGUUUUUUAAUAAUGAAAGUAGACAAAUCAUUUUCUUUCUCUUUUAGGAUAGCAUCAAACUCUUAUCAUAUUUUAUUUUCCAUCCCUUUGAUAUAUAAAUAGUCAAAUACCCCUGUAAGUGUUAAAUGCUUCAGAUUUUGUUGUUAAACAGGCUACAUAUAUGUGUAUUUAAUGAAAAAUAUUUUCAGUUUUCA